AUGUUGGGGCAUACAUACCUCCCGCCGCCGCAGCGCGAAGACAGCUUGGAUCUUCUCUCACUCGAUGCAAUUGGGUUGCAAGACAGCUUUGAUCUGGCCGCCAGCGCCAAUUGCGAGCCGUUAGGAGCGCUGUCGGUUGGCGGCGACGAGAACACGAACGCUCUCACAAACGAAUCGACCUCGACCCGAUUAUCACUUCAGCCAGAUACUCUCGAGUCCGCCGAGGGCCAGGAGGAGAGUCGAGUAGUCGACAUUGUUCGCAAAUCGCACCUCGCGACCACUAUCCCAGUUGUUACCAGUCCAUCGCGCAACGUUUCCUCGUGUGGUGUCAGCCACCAGACGAAUCAUAUUUUGGCAAACGCAUACGAGCAUUGCUCGAUCAAGGAGCAAAUUCAGAACCAGUUGGCAGCCACUCCUCUAGGGGUUGAUGCUAGCAUGAUGUUGCAGAACGAAGGGCCAGAGGGCCAAAAUAUCAUGGCUACCAUGUCGAACGAUACUCAGGGUACCUACCUGGAUGCUUAUCAAAAACCAAUCUCAACGAUUGAUGUGAUGGAGCAAGCCGUGUCACCCUCACUGACUGUUUUCAGUGAGAGGAGCGGCAGCUUUGCGGAUGGAUCCUCACGUGCUGGGUCUUUUUCACUGCCAAGGAUCGAGGACUCACUCGCUGAGCUCGAUCAGCUCGAGGAUGAAUUAGAAGCCGUGACAGCCAUCGCAACCUCCAAAAGCGGUGGAUCCUCCGACCGUGGGAAGUCACAACCUACUCAAGAGCCCGUGAUUGAUACAAAGAAGGACAAGGCUAGAAAGCGCGUCACACUGGCGAUCCCUCAGGGCGCCGCGACUGUGCGAGCAAAAUCCAGUGAGAAGAUACGGCCAGCGCUCCGGCGGAGCAGCUCAUUGACUCUUCGAAGUCGCCCAACCGAAGAACAGAAAGUCCUUGUUUCAGUGCAGAAUGACGCUUCGCAGCCAAGGACCUCAGUAGCUCCUCGCUCCUCUAGUUCCAAGCCAAUGGUGACUUCGACAAAACCGCUUACAGUACCUAACUUUGAACUCCCCGGUGAUGCUGUCGCUCGCCGACUGAAGGAACAACGUGAAGCCCGCCGGGCACAACAACAAUCUGCCCCGCCAAAGGCCUAUGCUGCACCUCCACGUCCAAAGUCCGAUAAACCUUUGACGAAGCCAUCUUUCGAGCUUCCCGGAGAAGCAAUCUCUCGGCGGAAACGAGAAGAGCGAGAGGCCAGACUGAAGGCUCAAGAAGAAGAAGAUCGUAAAAAGCGCGAGUUCAAGGCCCGUCCGGUCAGACACAGUGCAGGUCCAAUUCCUACUAUUCGCGCUCAGAAACCAAAAGCGGCAGUUAAUUCAGACACUCAUAAAGACCCUCCUGCCGAUGCAACAUCGAAGCUCAAACGAGCCUCCGCUGGCCCGGUAAAUUUUUCAUCGGCUGCACUCACUAUCGGAAAAGCUGCAGGCCGUCGAGGCCGAGUGUCAUUCAUCGAACCUCCUGACGACACAAGCCGCGGGACCUCUGAGUCGGCUAGAAGCACAUCUGGAAAGCGCAGUUCGGUAUCUGUUGAAGAAGUGGUGAACCAGCGGGCAAGAGGUAAGGAGGUUCUCAUCCAGGAUAAUAGCCUCAAGAUCAACCGGGAGCGCGAGAAACGGGAACGAGAAGAGGCUGCGAAAUCAGCAAGGCAGCAAGCGGCCGAACGCUCUAGGGCAGCGAGCCGAGAAUGGGCAGAGAAGAAGCGGCGGAAAGAAGAGGCCCUGCUUCGAAAAGCUGGGCAGUCGAGCGAGGAGAGGAAGUGUUCGAAUGCUUGA